AAAAAGAAGUUGAAAUGGUUGUGGUAGUGGUUAAAACCAAUUAAAAACAAUGGUUAUGGUGGUUUUAUUUGGUUUUGGUUUUGGUGGUUUUAAGCCCUGCUUUGGAGUUUUCAACUUCAAGUUUGCUCUAUAAAAUUGGAUCAGUUUUCUGCUUUUGCAUUCAUUUCAGUGAAGAAAUGUGACCAUUUAUCAAUUUUUACGCGACGUAUUUCGUGUAUCGUGUUCAUGCUAUAAAAUUUGUCUAAAUCUGAAAGUUGAUAAACGUUUCGCUGGGACUUGCUUUUCUUGAACAAAACGCAAAAGAACUUCUGUAUUAUUUGAAAUUUCGUUAUUUUGUUGAAUUCUUCUGUUUACGAAUGGAGCUGGACUCGGUGCCAAGUGAAGAUGAGAUUGGUGGCUACAUCCCACUCGAAAGACCAUCGUGCAGUAGCAUGAAUGUUGCUCAAGAGCCACCUCGACAACCGAUUGUGUAUUCCGACGAAGAAGGUCGCUUGGAAACUUCAUCUGAUGAUUCGGAUGAUGCACGAAUUGUAAAAAAUUCCCUCAAACGUAAGAUUCCUCCGAAACCUAUUGCCCCUACUGACGUUACCAAGAAAAAAAAGUUCAACGUGUGGUCCGAAAUACUUCAAGAAGAUGCCAUUGAAAAUCAAUUCAAUGAUUCUCAAUUUUUCGGAGGCUGCCGUGGAAAUGAAACUUAUAACUACCGCAUGAAGUAUUUUGUUAAUGGUAACGACUAUGGAGCCGGUGACGAUGUUCAAGUAAACGACAACUCUGAGAAAAAUGAUUUCUCGGAUGUGAAAAAUCGUCCUUGGGCUAAACGACGUAAGUUCAACAAGAAACUAAAACUCGGCUCACUUGAUGUGACUGUCGAAGACUCUGAUAAAAAUGUUGCCUUGGAUAUUGCGAAAAAAUUGAAUGAACCAAAAACUGACUUGAUUGAAAAAAUUGUCAGCACCAUUGGAAAAGAGAAAGCUAUAGAGGUAUUCAAUAAAACAAAAGAUAUUGAACAAAAAGGAGGCUACAUGACACUGGAUAAAAGCCGUCGUCGUACUUCUGGCGGUGUUUUCUUAAAAUUAGUCAAAAGUAGUAAAUUAUCGAGGAAACAGUUCGAUGCGAUUUUCAAGUACAACGAUGGUUUUGUUCAGAAGCGUGGUAAAUUUAAUAAAAAGAAGGAGAAAAAAGAAAUGCCAAUAGACGAAAACGAGUCAAGUAGAGACGACGACUACAAGAGUUUACCAACUCGAGCAGAACUUGAACUUUCACUAUGCACCGAGGAUAAUGAGACAAACGUGUUGAAAAAUCCUCCACCAUCUCCCGUUUAUCCUUCGCUUUCGCAGUCGGGUAAUCCGUGCCCUUUAUCCGAUUUAUUCCCAAAUAACGCCGCUACAUGGUCGCACUCGGAUUCAUUCAAUUCUGAUUCAAAUCCUGGUACUUAUGGUACUUGGUCACCGAAGCAUUCUUUCGAUUCUGAUUCUGCUUCAAAGAAUCCAUCAGCACCUCCCGUUUCUCCAUCCUAUUCUCCUCAUUCUCCUACAUAUUCUCCCACCGCUCCGGUAAAUGUAUUAUUAGAUACGGUAAAUUCUUCUGAUUCUUAGUUUUAUUUAUUCGAGCAAAUUUCGUUGAUACCAUGUAAAAUAUGUGUUCAAUGAGAACUACCUAUCCAAUUUACUAAUUACUACUACCACCACCUUCGAUAGAGUUAAGACAUUAGAAUGUACAUAAAUAAAAUUUCAGCAUUGAAUGUUCAGCAUUAUGCCUUUAUUGUUUUGGGCAUUUUAACAUUUUUUGUAUUUCUUUUUCGAGUACAAUUUACAUUAUUUCAGUACGAGCAACUCUAGAAUUCGCAGUUAAAUCAUCGUUUCAUCGACGAGAAAAUUGUUUUGUAUUUGUUACGUUUAUUGUUUUAAUGAUCGCGACUCGUUAAUUUAUUAUAAAUUAUUAAAUAAAACAUUAUCGAUUUUA